AAGACUGUCACGUGGCGCCGGAGUUCACGUGACUCGUACACAUGACUUCCAGUCCCCGGGCGCCUCCUGGAGAGCAAGGACGCGGGGGAGCAGAGAUGAUCCGAGCCGCGCCGCCGCCGCUGUUCCUGCUGCUGCUGCUAGUGUCCUGGGCGUCCCGAGGCGAGGCAGCCCCCGACCAGGACGAGAUCCAGCGCCUCCCCGGGCUGGCCAAGCAGCCGUCUUUCCGCCAGUACUCCGGCUACCUCAAAGGCUCCGGCUCCAAGCACCUCCACUACUGGUUUGUGGAGUCCCAGAAGGAUCCCGAAAACAGCCCUGUGGUGCUUUGGCUCAAUGGGGGUCCCGGCUGCAGCUCCCUAGAUGGGCUCCUCACAGAGCAUGGCCCCUUCCUGGUCCAGCCAGAUGGUGUCACCCUGGAGUACAACCCCUAUUCUUGGAAUCUGAUUGCCAAUGUGUUAUAUCUGGAGUCCCCAGCUGGGGUGGGUUUCUCCUACUCCGAUGACAAGUUUUAUGCAACUAAUGACACUGAGGUCGCCCAGAGCAAUUUUGAGGCCCUUCAAGAUUUCUUUCGCCUCUUUCCGGAGUACAAGAACAACAAACUUUUCCUGACCGGGGAGAGCUAUGCUGGCAUCUACAUCCCCACCCUGGCCGUGCUGGUCAUGCAGGAUCCCAGCAUGAACCUUCAGGGGCUGGCUGUGGGCAAUGGACUCUCCUCCUAUGAGCAGAAUGACAACUCCCUGGUCUACUUUGCCUACUACCAUGGCCUUUUGGGGAACAGGCUUUGGUCUUCUCUCCAGACCCACUGCUGCUCUCAAAACAAGUGUAACUUCUAUGACAACAAAGACCCGGAAUGCGUGACCAAUCUUCAGGAAGUGGCCCGCAUCGUCGGCAACUCUGGCCUCAACAUCUACAACCUCUAUGCCCCUUGUGCUGGAGGGGUGCCCAGCCAUUUUAGGUAUGAGAAGGACGCUGUUGUGGUCCAGGAUUUGGGCAACAUCUUCACUCGCCUGCCCCUCAAGCGGACGUGGCAUCAGGCACUGCUGCGCUCAGGGGAUAAAGUGCGCAUGGACCCCCCCUGCACCAACACAACAGCUGCUUCCACCUACCUCAACAACCCGUACGUGCGGAAGGCCCUCAACAUCCCGGAGCAGCUGCCGCAAUGGGACAUGUGCAACUUUCUGGUAAACUUACAGUACCGCCGUCUCUACCGAAGCAUGAACUCCCAGUAUCUGAAGCUGCUUAGCUCACAGAAAUACCAGAUCCUGUUAUAUAAUGGAGAUGUAGACAUGGCCUGCAAUUUCAUGGGGGAUGAGUGGUUUGUGGAUUCCCUCAACCAGAAGAUGGAGGUGCAGCGCCGUCCUUGGUUAGUGAAGUACGGUGACAGUGGGGAGCAGAUUGCCGGCUUUGUGAAGGAGUUCUCCCACAUCGCCUUUCUCACCAUCAAGGGCGCUGGCCACAUGGUUCCCACCGACAAGCCCCUCGCUGCCUUCACCAUGUUCUCCCGCUUCCUGAACAAGCAGCCAUACUGAUGACCACGGCAACCAGCUCCACGGCCUGAUGCAGCCCCUCCCAGCCUCUCCCGCUAGGAGAGUCCUCUUCUAAGCAAGGUGCCCCUGCAGGCCAGGUUCUGCCUCCAGGACUGCCCCCUUCCCACAGCCCUGUACAUCCCAGACUGGGCCCAGGGUCUCCCAUAGACAGCCUGGGGGCAAGUUAGCACUUUAUUCCCGCAGCAGUUCCUGAAUGGGGUGGCCUGGCCCCCUCUCUGCUUAAAGAAUGCCCUUCAUGAUGCACUGAUCCCAUCCCAGGAACCCAACAGAGCUCAGGACAGCCCACAGGGAGGUGGUGGAUGGACUGUAAUUGAUAGAUUGACUGAUUAUGGAAUUAAAUUGGAUACAGCUUCAAA